UUUUGUGAUAGCCUCACCCGCACACCAUUCUUAAUCGCUAACCACCAUUACCCAAGCUAGCACAUUUCCUACUUGACACAAUUAUUACUACUACAUGGCACUAGGCAGAAUCGUGCAUUAUGCUGUAGACGCAGUGCUAGUUUCAACUGUCGUCGCUGGCAUCCGGCGGUCGAGUGGAUUCGCCGUUGACACCACUCUAAUAUCAGACCCAACCAUGCGCUCAUUUGCUGACCGUUUCCUCGGCGUCGGCGAAACCAUAUUCGACAUGGCCGCAGCUACGUCUGUUAAUAGUGAUUAUUUCAGGAAGGACUCGAGGAGAUAGUAGAUGAUGUCUUGGGUACGAGUGAGAAGGUGGACAUGAAGGUCUGACAGUCAUACACAUACUAGAGAUGAACCUCUCAUGUCUCAGCAGAAUCAAAUGGUCAACGGACGUCAGCGUCUCGUUGGUCAGAGUGAGAAAUAAUGUCAGUGCUACUCACGGAGCAUCCAAACACAUGUACCGAAGGACUUCGAGAUAGUGCCCAUGAAUUUUAAGAUAUUAGUAUGUCGUAAUCCCUUUCAAAUGUCCGGGAACAUGGAGUGGAUUUCGUGGCGGACGUUUCUG